UUCAAGAAUGGAUGGAUCUGAUGAACAAGAACAAGAUAGUACUCAUCGGCAUGGGCCUACGCAAACUUUGAAGAUAGCUAUUGGGAAGUAUCAUAAACAGUUACUGGUGGGUUGUGGACGAUUAUACUGUUCCAAUGAGAACUGCGCAUCAUCCGGAAAAUUACCCAAAUUAACAAGUAAUGAAGCUGCGGCUCGAGCAAUUAUUUGUUUGCGAGAUAGGGCACGAUUAUGUGAACCACUUCCGGAAUUUUUGACAGUGAAAGCAACAGAUCCUCAGGAAUCACUAAAUGAAGAAACAGUGAAAAAAUUACUGGAAAAAUGUCGGGCAGAGGAUGAUUGGUAUUGGAUACGAGCUUAUCUAGAACGUUUAUUAGGCAGUCGUGUAGCACUAUUGAGUUCAUUCCGCAGGAACAGUUUUCGGGCACAGUUAGAUGGAAAUGCAGUCGAUUCUGGAGUAAUAGGUACAUCAAUCGAACAACAGUCAGUUUCACAACGAAAACGAAGAGCACAGGCCGAUGUAGAUGGUACAGAACUGCAGUUGGAAACCAAGACAGAUACCUCUUCCAUCACUGUUAACUGUGGAGAGAAAGAAAUAGAAGAAGAGAUAGAUCGAAAAUGUUAUCGUGGAGAAAAAACAAGCAGUGAAUUAGCAUUGGAUAUAACUCAAUCUUCUCAUUCAGAUACCUCCGCUAGCAUGUCACUUUCUCGUACAUUGGCAGGUGAACUUGCAAGAUCAGCAUCUGAUUCAAGCAGUAUGCAGUAUGCAAGCAACGCAUCGCAGAAGAGUUACACUUAUUAUGGAUGGAUAAAUGAGGAGAAAGCUACGCGGUCAGUGGAAGAGAUUUCAGAAAUCAUUGCACAACUGCGGGAAGGAAAAUCACCAACGGAUAUGGAUGCAGCAGGACGUUGUUUUCGUUUACUUUUCAUCGAAACAAAUGAACACACGAAUUAUUUAAAUGCUGCAAUGGGUGCAGUAGCUCAACUUUGUAGCAUAAUUGAUUUCCAGCUGCAAUAUGAACGAGCCUGGGAACGUGAUCCAGCCGGUAUUACACACAUCAUAUGUUUAAUGUUCGAAUUACCAUUCGUCCAAUGGCUUGAAUUUAUCGAAGUUGGCUUCACGCCGCUGUGUAAAAUGUGCUCAAAUUUAUCAGAAGAAGGCCAAAUGGCAUUGGCAUCAGUGUGGGCUAAUUUUGGAUCCCAGUGGAUACAGGAACGUAUUAACCUUAUGCAGCAGGCAAUUACUCUUCGUGUCUUAACUGUAAUUGAUGCGGUUGGAAGCUUGCCACUUUUUACUGAUCGAAUUGAACCUUUACCUGCUGCGAUUCAAGCGUUGUCUAUAUUGUAUAAGGCGACUUUGAUCAGAUCCAAACGUGAUAUGAUUCUGCCUCGGGAUACCAUUACAAUGAAUGAAAUGACAGAAGUCCAUGAUACGGACUUGUCAGCAGUGAAUGUAGAAACUAAUGAUGGAAUAAAUUCACGGGAAAACAAUAGGCGGCGAAAUUUCUCGUCUUUUCUUGAGGCGUUUACUUAUAACGAAAUUGAGCUAGACGAAGAAGAAGAAAUCCGUUUAGCAAGAAAAGCACCGAUUGAUGCAUGGCUGGUAACGAAAACCUGUUUACCCUUAACAGAAUUGAUGAAUACAACGUUGAGUGAUAAUAUUUCAGUUCAGGAUGAUUUUGUUGCAUAUAAGUCUUAUGAGAAUGGACAUGCAUUUUCUGUGAUGCCCGAAUAUUCGUUCAUAUUAACAACCGAAGUGAAACAACGUUUUCUCUACUUAAAUAAUCGAAUUCGUCAGAGAAGUGAGCGUAGACAAGCAUUGGCUGAUGCUAUAACAUUCGGUGUCUCGAUGGAACCGUAUUUGAAAUUAAACAUUCGUCGCGAUAAUAUUAUACGUGAUGCUUUAGAUAGUCUGGCUGCAAUUGCAAUGGAUAAUUCAGCUAACUUCAAGAAGCAGCUUCGGAUCCAGUUCGAUGGAGAACAAGCUGUAGACGAAGGAGGUGUAUCGAAAGAGUUCUACCAAUUAAUAACUGAUGAACUAUUUUGUCCGGAUUACGGCAUGUUCAUUUUAAAUGAAAAAACGGGUUUAUAUUGGUUCAAUUCUCAGUGCAACUUUUGUGAUGAUGAAUUUGGACUAAUCGGACUACUGUUUGGAUUAGCCAUAUACAACAACAUACUUAUUGAUGUGCGAUUUCCCACCUUAGUUUAUGUGAAGUUACUCGCAAGGCCGGCCGUUUUUGACGAACUUGCUCAAAUUGAUCCGGAAUUAUACAGUGGAUUACGACAAUUACUUGAAUGUGAUGAUGAUGUGGAGAACAUUUACAAUUAUACGUUUCAAAUUUCAUACAAAGAUGUUUACGGUUGUAAUCACGAUGAAGAGCUAAUACCAAAUGGCGCACAUAUACCUGUAACACUUGCUAACAGAAAGAAAUUUGUGGCGUGUUAUGCUGAUUUCUUGUUAAAUCGUUCGGUGAGACGGCAAUUUGAUGCAUUUAGUAUGGGCUUUAAUAAAGUAGCUAACCGCGGAUUGUUAAGGAGAUUAUUUAUGCCUGAUGAAGUCGAACAGUUAGUUUGUGGUGUACUUGAUUUGGAUUUCGAUAUACUUGCGCAUUGUACAAAAUAUCAAAACGGUUUUACUGAAACCAGUCAGACAGUGAAGGAUUUCUGGACAGUGGCAAAGGCAAUGAGUACGGAGGAAAAAAAAAUGUUGCUUCAGUUCAUCACAGGUUCCGAUAGAGUUCCUGUAGGAGGUCUAGCAAAAUUAGAGGUCAUUAUUGCUCGAAAUGGUGAUAAUAAGGAGAGACUGCCAACAGCUCAUACUUGCUACAAUGUGAUGUUAUUACCCGAUUAUGGAGAUCUUGAAAUAACAAGAGAGCGUAUUACCAAAGCAAUUAGCUAUAGUCGUGGAUUUGGUUUACAGUAAGCUGAAAAGGAGCACAUCCUGAAUACAUAAUUAGCACUGUUGCUGUCGAUACUUUAGGGCUGUGAGGAAUGCAGAGGAAUACCUGUAAUAGGAAUCAUCAUCCGACGUGUUUUGUAUAUAGUACUGUUUUGCAGUUUUCCUGGAAAAUAAUUUUAUUUAUGAAAAUUCACUGUGGUGCCUUUUUUCUUUUCAAGACAAUCAUUAAAAAGCUUUAGAUUCAUUAAUUUCAC